AUGUCCCUGAAAAACACCGGCGUUCGUUCAUUCAUCCUGCUCUACCUGAAAUCGUUCUCGGUCAAUACGAAUGAUGAAAUUGACGAGAAGAAAUUGUUGGAUUACAUGAGUCGGGAACAAAGACGCAAAUCCAUUGUGGAUCGAAUGAGUCAAGUCACAUUAACUUUUGAAGAAGAUUCGGCUGUUUUGAGCAAACCGCUAUGGUGGUCCACCAGUUCUGGACAACGAUUGCCCUACACACAGUUACGCGAAGCCUAUGUAUUUGGGAAAGAUAACAAACGAAUCGCUAUCGACAUUUUUUCCUUAGAUACACGUCAACGUCGAAUACUCUUGUUCAAGGCACGCAAUUUAGAUGAACGGGAAGCUCUAAUCGAGUUGAUUACCCAUCGAAAAAUGGCACGUGAAAUGUACGAGAAAGACAAUGUGCAUCAGGUGCAAUACGCAAAUUGGUCAUCCACCUAUGCUGAUGAUGUGAGCCAUCAAGGUUCUGUUCCUCAUUCACCGGUAUCUUUUGUAUCAGAACAAUCUCCACCGGAAUCGCCCGGAUUUACCAAACCCCGGGGUCAGAGCCUGGCUCGUCAGUCACUUGAUCCACAACUGAAGUAUAUGACGUUAGAAGAGGAAACACCUGAACGUUUACAAAUAGUUCCGGUCGGUUUGAGCUCAAUGUCCAGAAAACCUAUGCGCGAAAUCUCAUUACAGUCCGGGUGGAACGAUAUGGAUUCCAGCCGAAUGGCCAUGGAACCGUGGCGCGGAGAUGGGCUAAGACAUCCGGGAAUGAUGACCUGCUGUGGACAAGGGCAUUGUCAUCAUAACCACCAACCAACUCCACAACAUACGAAUAUUAAUAUUGUAUUCAGCGGCCAACCUGGAAUGCCCGGGGUUGUGACCAACUCCACAACUGGAUCCAACACGGAUUUAUCACAAAUAAAUUUGCAAAGGUCAUUUACUCCCACUCGCACUACUCCAAUCAUACCGGAAGAAGUUGAAGCCCAUCGAAUGAUGAAUACACAGCAAACUCUUUCGCGAGUUCAAUCUCCACCGUCGCAAUGGGACUAUUCGGACAGUACAACUGGAAAUGGUGUCCGAUUUAUCGAGGCCAACGGUCCUGGUGUCUACGCCGCCAGUUCCAAAAGCCUCGGUCUCAAGUUCAACAAUAUUCGAAGAUAUCCAUCGCAGACAAACUUGAUGAAGACAGAGAAAACCCAUGUGAGUGGAAUGGGCAAUAGGACUCAGUCACAACCAGAUCUGACAAUAAAGGUAAAUGGAAACGAGAUGGCACGCACUUUAUCCCGAGACGAACAAAACCAUGUUAAUUCCUCCUCGCAUACAACCGCAUACAACGUGACGUAUGCACCAACAUUACAAACAAGGGCCCCAAAAGAGACAGAACACAAAUAUCAUACCACAUUGGUAACUAAAACCGGAACUUUAAAUACUCCGCCCGCAAGCAACUGGACAAUUACUCCCACACGCACAGAUCACUAUCGGGAUGAGAUGUUUGCAGAAAAGAUCACAGAAACGACUGUCCGAUCAAAACCAACAGCUAGUCGGGAAAUUCACAUCAUACCGUCUAAGAGUCAGAGCCAGUUUUCCGAAGCGCAUCAUGGAUGGGCUACAGAGACACAAUUUUACCAAGUACGCAAUAAUGCUUUAGCAAAAAUUACCCAGAACGGAUCACGCUACUGGUCUGUAUCAUCACGACCUGCUACAUGA